UACGCCAGCGGCUCCAGUUUACCCUCUUCCGUAAGGACGACCGACCCCUCUGGAACUGGAAGGACCCUUCUGUUCGCGGACUCACGCGGCAAGUCGUGCCACAACGAAUAUUUCCCCUGUCACCAGUGUGAAGUCAAGUGGCAGUGGCACCGCGUUAACGCCGCAGGGGAAGCUGCGCGUGGAGUUUGGACGUGUUUGCUUCUCAUCUCUCGCCUCUUUUUCUUAAUCCUGGGUUGGAGCGUCAUUGGUUUUGUCCGCUUUGUUUUUGUGCUUUUUAGCGCUUGUGUCACCGUCCAGUAUUAGGUUCCCAAAGAAAACACUUGCAGCUUGCAUCUCUGACUUUUCCAAGGAACAGAGUCGUCGCUGCUGCGUUCAUCAUGGUUUUGACUUUCAUUAUCGUAAUUCCCCUGUUGGUCCAGACAUCCAAGACCGAUGCACACUAUGAGAUGAUCGGCAUUUGUAGGAUGAUCUGUGACUCGUACAAUCCCAACCCGAGCGCCACAGCUCUGGAAGUCAUGCGGGACCUGAGCGCCAGCCCUUCUCCGGCUGUUGUUCAAGGGAUUAAAGGCGAGCCGGGUCGGCCGGGGAAACCGGGACUGAGGGGGCCACCCGGGGAACCUGGACCCCCUGGUCCAAGAGGACCGCCGGGGGACAGACGAGCUGCGGACGUGCCGCAUCCAGGGACUGUGAGCACAGCGCAAACGGAGAGAAGCGCAGAGCUCGGGUCUCUUUUUGGUGCCGCAAAAAUAGCGUUUUACGUGGGCCUGAAAAAUCCUCAUGAGGGAUACGAAGUUUUAAGGUUCGACGACGUUAUCACGAACCUGGGGAACCACUACGACUCAACAACGGGCAAGUUCACCUGCCAGGUGUCUGGGAUGUACUACUUCACGUAUCACGUACUAAUGCGCGGAGGAGACGGGACGAGCAUGUGGGCAGACUUGUGCAAAAACGGACAAGUUCGAGCCAGCGCUAUAGCCCAGGAUGCCGACCAGAAUUACGACUACGCCAGUAACAGCGUCGUCCUCCAUCUCGACUCUGGUGAUGAAAUUUAUGUCAAACUUGAUGGCGGCAAAGCGCACGGCGGAAACAACAACAAAUACAGCACGUUUUCUGGUUUUCUUUUGUACCCGGACUAAUGUGGUGCCGUUGCAACACCAGACUGCUGUCAGAGAGUAGAGUUAAAAAUGUUGUGUCUUCAAGUUGGUUUAGUGCUUUUAAUCUAAUUAUGUUUAGACUAUCAGGCCCAUCCUAGACCAACACCAAGUCAAUCACUCACUACAGUAUAGGAUAUCCAUUAUUUAAAUCAUUCCCCUGUAAUAAAAUAAACGUGGAAUAUACAUUAAGCAUGUUUUGCAGUAAAAAUAUCUUCAAUGAUCUUCAUCUUCAUGUAACUGUUCUUUUUCUGGAAUAGGUGAAAUUAUGGAAACAGUUUAAAAUAAUCCUUCUAUUUCAGACUCUGCAAAUGACAAACCUCUGUCAUUUCAAACUCUACAUUAGCAGUUCAGUUGUUACAUUUGUCUACUUGUGUGUUGUGUAAAGUCAAGAUUAUUCCCUUCCCUAAAAUUGACUGAAAUCCUCCAUGAUCAAGUCUUUAUGAAGAGAAUUCAGUGAUAUUCAUUUAAAAGUAACUUGAAUUCAUAAACUCAUAUAUAAGUGUAUGCUACACUAACUGUCUAGUGUUGAUUAUGUUUAUAUUCCUGUAUAAUCAUUGGUCAGUGAUUGCAAUAAACUAUUCUGUUUUCUA